AUAUCUUCUAUUAUUAUAUCUCCCUUUCUAACAUGUUCAAUUAAAAUGUUUUUGGUAAAAAGAAAAUAACAGCUUUAAAAAUAUAAUUUUAAAAAGUGAAAAAAAAAAUCUCAAAUGUACAUACUUCAUUUUAAUAUUUUUAAAGUUAAUCAACAAUAUAUUCUUUUUUCUCUCUUCAUAGAUAUCAUAUAUACAUUUUUGUAAUAUCAUUUUUUAAAAAAAUUUAGUAAGAUAAGAUAAACAUAAUGCAAUUUUUUAAUUAUCUUUUUUUCUUUCAAAGCCGAAAUAACAUUUUAUUUGAAGUUAUGUAACAUUUCAUUUUAUAGAAAAGAAAUUAUAAAAAAUCGAUAUUUCAUAUUUAUCAUGCGUCACACUUUCUUGUUUUACUCAGUCAUAUCAUUUUAAUUUACCUUAUAAUUACACGUUUUAAUUAUAUAUUAAUUUUUACACGGUUAUAUACAGCAUAUAAAGUUUGACUUAUGUUUACUAAUAUGUUUGGCCAUUUUGCCUUAUGUGGUAUAAAUCUGUAAAAGAAUUAUUUCUUUUAUAAAAUAUAUUUAAACAAAAGGGGGAUUUACCAGUGAUCGAUUUAAUAAAAUUUAAAAAGAAAAGAGCAGAUAUAUGUGACCCAUACGGUUGUGGUUUGAUUAUUAUCCAACCAACUGUUAAGGGAGAACAAGUUUAAGUUUUAUUAGUUUAUAAAAUAUUAAUUUAAAUUGUUUCCAUUCGUUAAGUUUUCUUUCUUUGUCAAAAAAAAAAAAUCUCAUGCAUGCAUUUAGGCUAUAAAUCCAUCUCUAUUCUGAUGUGGAAAAGUAUAUAUACAUUUCUGGUAACCACAAUGACUAUGAAUAUUUUUGUAAUAGGGUGUUUCAUUCGUGUUUCUUCGUUUUAAGAUGGAAAUAAAAAGAAUAAAAAAAGGAAAGGAAAAAACGUAAUGUAUAUUUGAAAAGCAAAGUCUGAACAUGAUUCUCAUUGAGAUAUCAAAACUCUAUAAAAACAUAUAUACACAGUUUUAUAGAAAUGAAGAGAGCGCAAUCGCAAAUACAAAAUAAGGUUUAGAUCUUUAAAAAAAAAAACACCUGUUGAGUUUAGGGUUUGUUAAUUGGUUAUUGUCAAAGCAAUGAGGAAUCAGAUUCGUAGGAGGGGUACAAGGAGGAAUCCGAUUCGUCGGAGGGAUACAGUGAGUGAAAUUCCAGACGAGUUGCUGUUGACGAUACUGUCUUUUCUUCCUAGUAAAGAUGUUGUAGCCACGAGUGCCAUUUCAAAACGGUGGAAGUCUCUUUGGAAGGAGGUAACGACAUUCAGAUAUGAUGAUCCAUAUCCUCUCCCUUUUAACAUGUUUGCGCUAUUCAUUAGAAGCAGAUCAAGUGUAGACAUCUUGCAGCUCAAGUUGAGCCCAGGUUUUUCGAGAACAGAUAUCAACCCUUUGGUUAAUGAUGCAGUGGCUCGCUCUUUGAGAGAACUGAGGAUAGAGAUGCUUUACAUAUCCUUUGAGUUGCCCCAAUGCUUGUAUUUCUAUCAACAACUUGAAACCCUCAUACUCCAGAAACUUAGUCUUGUGGAUAUUCCAUCUAACGUUUCUUUGAUUGGUGUCAAGAAACUCCAUAUUUUAUCGGUUAGAUUCUUAAGCGACGAAUCAGUGAUUAAGCUUCUAAGCAUAUGCCCACUUCUUGAAGACUUGGUAGUGAGAAGAAGCCUAUAUACCAAUGUGAUGAUAUUUACUAUUGAUGUUCCUACACUGAAGAAUUUAUAUAUCUACAAUUCGUGGAAGUCAAGGCCUGAAGGUGUUCAUGGGUUUGUGGUUAAUGCACCUUCUUUGAGGUGCUUCUAUAUUAAGGACAGCUUCAGCAACUAUUUACGGUUUGGUAAUAUGACGGAGCUGGUCAAGGCGAGUGUCAACAUCGUGUGUGACUAACCUGAGGACAUUCUAGGAUGUCUUGCCUCAACAAGAUAUCUCUCUCUCUGUGUUUACAGUCUCCAUAUCUUCCUCUUGCUACUUCGUUCCUCUUUCUUGACCACCUAGAGCUAUACUCAUGUCCUUCCCAGUGGUGUAAUUUACUCAAAGACGCUCCAAUACUCCGAGUUCUCAAGUUGUAUCAGAAACACUCUCAGCCCAACGACGUGACUGAUUCAUGGAACCAACCAAUUUCUGUUCCUGAAUGUUUAAUGUCCCAUCUGGAGAUCUUCGAGUGGAGACACUACAAUGGCACCGACCAAGAGAGAGAAGCUGCAAAGUACAUCCUAGGAAAUGCGAGUUGUCUAAAGAAGGCGUCAUUUUACUCAAAAUCUGCAAGGAAACAUGAUAUUCUGAAGGAGUUGGAGUCUGUGGAAAGAGGCUCAAAGACUUGCAUGCUUGUCUUUGAGUGAACGCUUCUUUUAUUAAUAACUUGGGAAUAGUAUUUUCCAUCAUAUUUCUCUUAUUUCCGUACUCAAUUAUGUGUUUCCAACUAAAUAAUCGUUUUUAUAAAUAAUUUUUUAGAAAAGGUAAAAUUUAUAUUUUCUUAUUAUUUAGUAAAAAAAUAAUUAACUCAUAGAAAUUUAAUCUUAUAUAACAGAUUUAUUCGUAAAUAUUUUGAUUCUAUCACAAUACCGAAAACGUGACCUGAAAUUCAAUGGGUACUAUUCAAAUCCUACAUUAAAAAAAAUCCGAAAACGUGACCUGAAAUUCAGUGGGUACUGUUUUCCGAAAACGUGACCUGAAAUUCAAUGGGUACUAUUCAAAUCCUACAUUUAAAAAAUUUAUGAUGUAGAUAUAUCUCUUAUUUAAGAUUUUCUUAUGAUUUAGUUAUAUUUUGCUAAUAAUUACUAAAUAAUAAAAAAAUUAAAAUUUUAUAUUGUGUAAAAAGUUAUUUUUUUAAAAACGACUAUUUUUAUUUUUUUCUAAAAACAAAUUUUACAUGUGGCAUCUUCGUUAGCAAAAUUAGUUGACGUAGCAUCCUUAUUAGUAAAAUAGAUGACAUGACAGCUGAUGUGGUUAUGGAUGUAUGAUUUUGCCAAAAAGAUAAAGAAUAUGUAUAUUAUUUGAAAUUUUCGAAAGUACAUAUAUGUUUUUGCACGAUCAUAUAAGUCAUGUAUGAAUUGGACAUAUCACAAUGUGUUGGGUAUGAAAUAGUUGUUUUCCCGUAAAAUAUAUGAUUAAAUAAAUGGUAAAUCUUCAUAAAACUAAAUAAAUGGUAACUUACCCUCAACCGAACACAAAGAAAGCUUAAAACCAUCACCAAUAAUGCAUCAUUUUGAGGAAAACAUCAAAAAAAAUGAAAGAAAACUCUAAGGGAAUAAAUAUUUUUCACAACUCCGUUUUGAUGUUAAAAUUUUAAUUUACAAUUUCGACGUACACUUUUGCAUAGCUUUUUAUAUCUAAAAAUAUUAGAUAUGUAUGUUUUAUACUUUAACAAAUUUAUUAAAAGGAAAUCAGACUCAAAAGCUUUAUACAUGUGAAAUUGUAACCACCUGCGAUAAUGAAUAUUUUGCAUUAAAAUGUGGCUUCUUAAAUAUAUAGACUCAUUCUAAACAUGUUCUUUAUGUGCUUCUACUCAAAACCGCUUUGCUGGUUACCGUACUCAAUUUUGGUUCUUUCGAAUUCAUUUGGGGAUGUAUUCAACUGAGAGUUUUAGGUGAUUUGUAUUAAAAUGAUAAUGCCACUGUUAUUCAAAUAUGAAUUUUAAAAACUCAUUUAAAAUCUACUGUUAUUGAACUUAACAUUUCGUAGAGUAUUCUAAAUCCACUGUUAUUGAAAAUAUUUUAAGUUGUGGAGUUUUAAAGUUUUCAGGUGAUUUUAGGGUGUUUGAAUGGAGUUUCUUAGUUCAAAAAAUUAAAACUCAAAUCUCAUGUUUUUAGAUUAUAUUCUAGAGUGGUUUAACAAAAAUCACCUAAAUCUCUACAUCUUAUUGAAAUCAUCUAAAACUCUAUUAAAAGUCAAAUCACCUCAAAUGUUAUAUUGAAUACACCUUGGUGUAUUUUUGAAGGCUCACCUAUGAUUCAAGUUUGUUAGUAUGUGAUAUGUUUACUAUACAAGUUUGGAAUCUGUACAACUUGUUAUUUCUGUAUAUAAUAAAUGUUUAAACAAAAGGAAUAUAUACCAGCGAUGAUCUGAUAUAUAUAAGAAAACUUAAAAAGAAAAGAGUAUAUAUAGUAUGACCCAUAUAGUUUUGGUUUGAUUAUUAUCCAACCAACUCCUAAGAGAGAACAAUUUUUAGUCCUACUAGUUUUAUUUAAAUGUUAAUUUAAACUAGAAUUCUAUCUGCACAUCCGUAUGGGGGUGUUUUAUUUUUGUAAUGAACUAAAUAUAAGAAAGGCUGUGCUUUUUAUUUUUAUAUGAUAUUAUUUGUUUAUACCGAUAUUUAAAUAAUAGCAAAUCUUUACUAUAAACAAAUCAUCUUAUGAAAAAAAUUACGGUUUUCAUUUAUCAUUUUAUAUAGUUAAUAAUAAUAUUUUUAUUUUAUAUUUGAAAGAGAUAAGAAAAUUACUUUCUAAAAAAAAAUUUAAAAUAUUUUUAAAAUAUAUAUUUAAAAAUAAUCAAUUUAAAUUUUUAUUAUCUUUAAAAAUAUAAAUAUUUUAAUAUGAUUUUAAUUUUCAUUUAUAAGAAAUAAUAAACUAAUUUUAAUAUCUAAUUAUAAUUAUGAUAAUUAAAGUUUAAAUUAAUUAAUUUCGAAAAUAAGUUUUAGAAAGGUUCUUUAUAGAUUUUGUUAGAAUUUUAUUUUAUAAUACACAUUUCAUUUCAAAUAAAAUGAUAAAGAUAAUGAAAGAUAUUAUAUUUACAUUAUGUAAAAUUUGAUAUAGUUUCUAUGGAAUGGUUUUUUUUUUUUUUUUGAACAACUGUUUCUAUGGAAUGGUCGAAACAAAAAGUCACACAUAAAAGAAUUCAUGACUUAAAUAGUAUUAGAUUGUUACCAUUAGUAAAGUUUUAUUUCUUUUCAGUCAACAUCUAAUGCAUGCAUUUAGGCUAUAAAUCCAGAUAUAUUCUAAUAACUUUUUUUAAUAUGGAAAAAUAUAUAUACAUUUCUAGUAACCACCUUGACUAUAAAUACUUCUGUAAUAGGGUGUUUUAUUCUUUUUUUCCUCGUUUUAAGAUGGAAAUAAAAAGAAUAAAAUAAGGAAAAGAAAAAAUGUAACGUAUAUUUGAAAAGUAAAGUCUGAACACGAUUCUCAUUGGGAUAUCAAAACUCUAUAAAAGCAUACAUACACAGAUUUGUAGAACAGAAGAGAGCACAAUCACAAAUACAAGAUAAGGUUUAGAUCUUUUCAAAAAAAAAAAAAAUCACCGGUUGAGUUUAGGGUUUGUUCCUUGGUGAUGAAAAUUUGGCUAUUGUCAAAGCAAUGAGGAAUCAGAAUCGUAGGAGUCCUAGGGGGGAUAAAAUCAGUGAGUUUCCAGACGAGUUGCUGUUGAAGAUACUGUUUUUUCUACCUAGUAAAGAUGUUGUAGCCACGAGUGCCAUUUCAAAACGGUGGAAGUCUCUUUGGAAGGAGGUAAAUACAUUCAGAUACGAUGCUACUCCUCCAUAUCCUCGCACUUGUCAAAUGUUUGAUCUAUUCAUUAGAAGCAGAUCAAAUGUAGAGAGCUUACAGCUCAAGCUGAACCCAAAUAACUCGAUACAGGACAUCAGAGAUUUGGUUAAUGAUGCAGCUUCUCGCUCUUUGAGAGAGCUGAGAAUAGAGAUGGUUUACAAAUCCUUUGAGUUUCCCCAAAACUUGUAUCUUUACCCACAACUUGAAACCCUCAUACUUGAGAAACUUAGUCUUGUGGAUAUUCCACCUAAUGUUUCAUUGAUUGGCCUCAAGAAACUCAACCUUUUAUCGGUUAGAUUCUCAAACGACGAGUCUGUGCAAAGGCUGCUAAGCAUCUGCCCACAUCUUGAAGACUUGGUGGUGAGAAGAAGCACAUAUACCAAUGUGAUGGUAUUUACUAUUGAUGUGCCAACGCUGAAGUGUUUAUCUAUCGAUAAUACGUCUGGGGAAUCUCGUCCUGAAGGUGUUCAUGGGUUUGUGAUUAAUGCACCUUCUUUAAGGUGCUUUAGCAUUAAGGACACCUUCAGCAACUAUGUUCGGUUUGGAGAUAUGCCCGAGCUGGUCAAGGCGAGUGUCAACAUUAUUUGUGACCAGCCUAUACUGACCGCGAGAGAGAAGGUGCAAAGUACAUCCUCGAAAAUGUGAGUCGUCUAAAAAAGGCUGCUGCAUUCUACUCAAAAUAUGAAACAUGAUGUACUGAAGGAUUAGAAUGUGUGGCUUGUAUUGUAUGCUUGUGUUUUAAUAACUUCUUUGUUAUUAAUAAGUUGGAAUAGGUAGUUUCCAACAUAUCUUGUUGUUAUUUGCUAUCUGUGUUUAUUAUUAAUAAGUUGGAAUAGGUAGUUUCCAACACAUUACUUGUUAGUUGCUAUCUGUGUUUCUUAUUAUUGAGUCAGUGAAGGAUUGAUUGUUCGUUAUUAUGUAUGUUUCUCGGUUUCAUCAUGUAUAGAAAAAAGGAAAACAUUGCUCUAUAGUCUAUGAUCAACUGUAAGAAAGUGUGCAAAUGUAACAUGUUCGUAAUCAUAAGAAAAUAAUUCCAAACAAUAAAAAGACAGGGAUAGUGUUCCAACUUAUACACCAACCAAAGUCACAAAACAUCCAUGUCUCAAGUUACUUUUUAAGAAAACAAUUAAAACAAAAACUCCAUAGAACAAGAGUUUUCGAGGAGAGUAAUACAUACACAUUUGAUAUAUUUACAUUGAAUUUGCGAUGAUUCAGCACAACAGAUACCCAAAAAGUAUAAGAUAUUUUUUUAUGGGUUGCGGAAUUCACUUUAAAAACUCAUAUUAGGCAUGAAUUCACAAGAACAUUUGUUUUAGGGUUUCAAACGGGAUGAUCUCCCUAAAUAUAUAUCAUGUAACCUGUUUUUGCUUAUUUUCUUUCAUCCGCUAAAACACAAAUAAGUAUAGGAUUGUUCGUAGAUAGAUAAUACUGCAAUAGUUUCUCAAGUUGAGUCACUCUAGUAAUUUUUCCAAGUAACAACCAAAAGGAAAAACAACCAACGCAAAGUAACAAAAAAUGUAUUACAACGAGAAACAAAAUUACAAACCCAACAACAAAGAAACUGGAUCGUUCCCUUGCCAAUGGAUUUCUAGUUUGCCAAAUAGUGUUGCUUCCUUUCUCCUUCACAGACGUCAAAUAACUUCCUCCGAAGCUGAAGACGGUCAUAUAGUAAUUGACUCAGAAAAAUAUACAUACAUUUCUGGUAACCACAAUGACUAUAAAUAUUUUUGUAAUAGGGUGUUUUAUUCUUUUUCUCGUUUUAAUAUGGAAGCAAAAAGAAUAAAAAAAGAAAGGAAAAAAUGUAACGUAUAUUUGAAAAGCAAAGUCUGAACAGGAUUCUCGUUGAGAUAUCAAAACUGUAUAAAAACAUAUGUAUAUACACAGUUUUGUAGAAAUGAAGUGAGCACAAUCGCAAAUGCAAGAUAAGGUUAAAAUCUUUUUUUUUUGUUAAAAAAUCGCCGGCUGAGUUUUGGGUUUGUUCCUUCAUUCCUUGUGUAUAAGAAUCUGGCUAUUGACCUAUUGUCAAAGCAAUGAAUAAUGAGGUUCAUAUGAGGGUUACAAUGAGUGAGUUUCCAGACGAGUUGCUGCUGAAGAUACUGUCUUUCCUUCCUAGUAAAGAUGUUGUAGCCACGAGUGCCAUGUCAAAACCGUGGAAGUCUCUUUGGAAGAAGGUAAAGACUUUCAGAUAUGAUGAUACUCUUCCAAAUGAUGGCACUUUUUAUAUCUUUACGCUAUUUAUUAGAAGUAGAUCAAGUGUAGAGAGCUUGCAGCUCAAGCUGAACCAAUCUUUUUUUGAGUGUACUCAUCAACCCUUUGGUUGAUUAUUUAGUUGCUCGCUCUUUGAGAAAACUGAGAAUUGAGAUGCUUUACAACUCUUUUGAGUUGCCUGAAAGCUUGUAUUUCUAUCCACAACUUGAAACCCUCAAACUCGAGAAACGUAGUCUAGUGGAUGUCCCAUUAACUUUUCUUUGAUUGGCCUCGAGAAAAUCCACCUUUUAUCGGUUAGAUUCUCAAACGACGAAUCAGUGAAUAAUCUUCUAAGCAUAUGCCCACGUCUUGAAGACUUGGUAGUGAGAAGAAGCACCUAAACCAAUGUGAUGGUAUUUACAAUUGAUGUUCCUACGCUGAAGAGUUUAUCUAUUGAUAAUUCGUCUGGAAAAUCUCGGCCUAAGGUGUUCAUGGGUUUGGGAUUAAUGCACCUUCUUUGAGGUGCUUUAGCAUUAAGGACACAUUCAGAAAUGAUGUAAACACUGUUUCUGACCAACCUGAAAGUUCAACGGCACCGACCAAGAGAGAGAAAGUGCAAAGUUCAUCAUAGCAAAUGCGUCGUCCAAAGAAGGCUGCUGCAUUCUACUCAAAAUCUGCGGAGAAACAUGAUGUAGUGAAAUAGAGGACGUGGAAAUCGUGGGAAACUACGGUAGAAGCGACUUUUACCCCUCUCUAAAGUCAACCAAAGUAAUGCUUUGGUAGUCUCUUGCAUGCUUGUGUUUGAAUAAACGCUUUGUUAUUAACAAGUUGGAAAAGGUAGUUUACAACAUAUUUCUUGUGAUUGAUUGUCCUUUAUUUUGUUAUGUUUCUCUGUUUCAUGUCUAACAAAAUCGAAUACAUUUCUUUUUAGUCUAUUAUCAAAUUGUAAGAAAGUGUGCAAUGUACAACAAGAUCUGUGAGUAUUAGUGUGGUAGGAUAAAUAAAAAUAAAGACAGAAAAUAAACCAUGUUGAUCAUCCUAGAAAAAGUCUUAAGCAAUAAAAAGACACAUUGAAAGUGUUCAAGCUUAUACACCAACCCAAAGGCACAAAACAUCCAUGGAGAGACACAAAACCAACUUACUACAGGUUUCUUCUGUCUCAAGUCACCUUUUAAAGACGUACAGUUUAAACAAAAACAUCAUAGAACAAGAGUUUUCGAUGAGAGUACUACAAACCUAUUUGAUAUAUAUAUAUAUAUAUAUAUAUAUAUAUAUAUAUGUAUACAUUGAAUUUGCUAUGAUUCAGUGCAAGAGAUACCAAGCAGUAAAUAUUUUUUUAUGUAUUGCGGUUUUAAGUUUAAUUACUCUUAUUAUCCAUGAAUUCACAAGUACGUUAGUUUUAGGGUUUCAAACCAGAUGAUCCCUGUAUAUAUUUAGACCACAUAACCCUAUUGUUUCUGAACGUACCUUCAGCCUCCAUUUUCAAAUUACCUUCACUGGUUCCAAUCAGGGUGAAUAUCGUUUAAAAGCUUAAAGAUCAAAAUCAAAGUUCAAUUAAAGUCCAGAACAUAAAGCAUCCCAAAGAUAAAAAGUGGAGCUUAAAGAUAAAGUUCCAGAUUUAGUAGCACGAGAUGUAGAUCCAUCAGGUUUUGUAAUCACUUAGAAAAGAUAUAUCUCUUGUCAUAUGAUGUGAGGCACCUGUGUCAAUAAUAUAUAACAUCAUGAAGAUCAGUGUUACCUGACAAACAAACCAUCUGUGGUCAGUUUUGUUCGAUGGUUUUUUAGAAGAUUGAUGAGUGCGGCGAUUUGAUCAGACGAGGUUGAGAGAGAGACAAAUUGUCUGAUCCACUCAAGGGUGUGUUGCCUGUAGCAUUAGCUCUCCCGCAACCGCGUUAACCGACCAACAACUUCAUUAAACUUUGCGUAUAGUGAAUGAGGAGAAACAAGAUCUACAAAUCUUUCAACAUCCCAACAUUGUUCUAAUUAGCUUAAGCUUUGUCCUUUAACUUAACCAAAGAUCUGAUAACGCCAGGAGGAACACUCUCAGCAAGAGCCCCAAGUUCAGAUAGAAAAAGAGUCUUCUCCUUAACUAAACUCUGAAAAUUCUUCGAUUCAAACCCCAUCUUCGCUUCAUCUACACAUCAACAAGAGAUGCCAAUUUCUCAUCAGACUAGUAGAAGAAGGAACACUAGUCUUUGUUGUCCGGGCUUUCUUCCUGAGUGAUGUAAGAGCCUCUCGGUUCGCAUUCCUCUCCCCUUCUCCACCAUCUGUUAUUACACACUAUAUGCUCCAUAUUGGUUAACGAACUCUCAGGAUUGGUUACCUGACUUCGGAUUAGGAAAAUCUGAUCAGCUUCAGCUUCAUAUUUCUCCAAUACUUCAAAAAUCCUUUUUGGAUCCAACUUCAUCUUAAGUUUAAUAGAACAAAGCUGGAACAGCUAAUUAAUAAGUGAAUAUGUCAUAUCUACUCACAAAACCAUGCUGAUCAAAAGAGAAAGCAUUCUUGUCUAAAGAGGUGAUAAGGAGCACAUUCCGUCAAUCUUCUUAAGUAAGAUAACAUAAUAUUGAAUGAAUACCAAAGCAAAUUUUUCUCAAAUAUUUAAGCAGUUGAAGAGACAGUUGCAAAACAGUAUAAAAAGUAAAAAGAAAAAUAAAAACUCAAUAAAAAAGGCCAAUUCCUGGUUUCGCCUCUGGCUUCAUUUAUAAGCAAAUCAUUUGAAGCUAUAUUAUUAUUAUCACUUAGCUAGGGCUUGGUGUUUCUUACAAGGAAAAGUUUUUUUCUCAGUUGCCUUGCAACUCAAGCAAUCAGAGGGCAAAAUAAUUCUUAUGACAGAACCCGUUUCCAUUAAUAAAAAAUAGCAAAACAAUUCUUAAGAAAUUUUUUUUUCUGUUCUAAAUGCAUCACCAGCUUUCUUAAAUCUUAUCACAAAUUCUAUCAAAUUGAUUCAAACUCGUUACUUGUUAACAAAGUCACCAAAGAUUCCAAACAUUUAUGAAGUCACCCAAAGAUUCUAAACAUUUUAUGCUUUCCUUCGCUUUUGUCCUCAGGAAACCAAAAGGAAUUGAGACAAUCUGAAGAAAGUUUGCCUAAAAGCCUUACCUUUUGUAUUAAAAACUCUCUGUCCUUUCACCAUAUACUCCUAUACAUACAUUCAUAUAAACUCUCAAAAAGUUUAAAGAGACCUAAACAUAACAAAGAUGCUUCACAGGUUCAGCUUUCUUGUUUGUCUUCUUGUGAUUAUUAACACGGUCUGCGCCAGAGAGUUUGUUGUAGGAGGAUCAAAAGGUUGGACUGUUCCCUCAGAUGAUCAACUAUACGAUCAAUGGGCAGAGAAAAGCAGAUUCCAAAUCAGUGACUCUUUGCUGUUUAUCUACCAACCAAACCAAGACUCAGUGCUUCAAGUGACUAGAGAUGCUUACGAUAGCUGCAACACCGAUGAACCCACUGCUAAAUUCACAGACGGACACACUUCCUUCAAGCUUGACCGGGCUGGACCAUACUACUUCAUGAGUGGAAACAAAGACAAUUGUCACAAGAACCAGAAGCUUGUAAUCAUUGUCAUGGCUGAUAGAAGCAAUACAAAGACAACAACCACAUCUUCACCACCUCCUUCACCUUCAGUAGAAUCCUCACCCUCUCCUACUUACACAGGAACCUUUGAAAUAACCCCGGCGCCUUCACAAGAUACUCCCGGAAACUCAGCUUCGCCUUUUGCCUCCUCUGUUCUGCCUUCUGCUUUCAUUGUUACAAUGUUUCUUUCUCUUUUCAGCUAAGUUGGUAAAUUAGUGUGUAUAUGUGUGUGCUGUUCUUUUCUCUUUUCAGAUAAUGUAAAUGAUAUGCAAAAACUUAUAUAACCAUUAGACCAAUAUAUAUGAAGGAUAAAGAAACUAUAGAUCAAGAAUCAUCAAGAUGCUAUUCUUUAUCUUCUCUUUGAUACUGUUAUUGCAAAACAAAUAGAGUCUACAAAUUAUUUAAGAACCGAGUUCUUCUUCUAUGGUUUUGUAGAUCAUAAGAAAUAAAACUGAAAAAUUCAACAUGUAAUCACUCGCUCGUCUCUUUCAAAAGUUCUUCCCUAGCUCGACCUUUUUCAUUAUUCCGUAAGUGCUUUGAAAUAUCGAAUCUAGUAUCCCGGCAACCUGAAAUCCAACAAGCAGAAUUAUAGUUUCACCAUGGAAUACAUAAGAGAAUGAUGGAAAUUUAGAGGAAGAAAAAAAUAAUACUAUACCGUGAAAA